UUUUGUAUGAUCCCUCUUAUUUGAAUGAUUCUGAAAGGGGGAUGUAACCUUUCGACCUCAACUUUAUCUUUCCUUUUGCCAGUGCUUUCACAGUUUACAAAAGGACGUUAUUAGCCAAAAUCAGGUCCUAUUUGUCAUGUUUGACUCAAGUUUGAAUGCAGUUUGAAAAUGUAUAUUCCGUUUUGUCAGUUCUAGUUUUGCCAUAGUUGCUGUUUUGACUUUGUAAGGUAGAAAUGCAGCAUUAUGGUUUAUGCUUCCUUAUUCAUCAACACAUUCAUGGGUACUGCAUAUACUUCUAUAAUCAAAGCAUUGCCCACACCUGAUUUGCAUCUUCCGAUUAUCUUUUCGGAAUAUUAUGCAACUUUUUUGCAUAUUUCAUAAUAUUAUUAUUCAUAACUUUGUACCAAAAUCCCUUACUCUGAGAUGUGCAGAAGUUUCUCAGGGGAGACCCUUUCAAUCUUUCUCCUUCUCCUGAUUCUCUCUCUUCCUUCCCUUCCCCCAACGGUUUGAAUUCUUUUUUCUUUCUUUUUCACUUGAUUCCUUUAAUACCCCCACAACACACAUUCAAACUGACUUAACUUUCCUAAUUCUGUUUUCUUAGUUUUUUUCUUUCAUCCUUCCCUUCUGCUGUGAUUCUCUCUUUCUCUGUCCUUUCCCAUUUCUCUCUUUCUGCAUCUUUCUCUCUUUUCCCCCUCCCUCCUCUCUCUCCCCUCCCUCUCCUGUUCUCUUUAUCUCCUCCCCUCUCUCCCUCUAUUGCUCUCUCACCAUUUGCUCACUCACAAUACAUCCCUCCCUCACUAGUAAAGGCUUCUCUUCUCCUCGCUCAUCCCUCCAUUUUCUCUUCUUUCACAAUCCUUCUCUUUCUCAGCCAUUUUAUAUGGAAGUAUAUCUACUAAUCUUAAAUCCAAUUAAAAUCAACACCCACUCAGUAAUUGCAAAUGAACGUAGCAAUAAGGUGUAAUUACAUCCCACAGUUAUAAAUGAACUUUAAUCACUUAUCAACAAUGGGACCCAUUCAUGAAACAGGGCAGAAUGAACUUGUGUGGAUGAGUGAUUCAUAAAAACAUUCUUACAUAAAUUGUGACUUGGUAAGAAUGGCUUUACAAACAAUUCACACGGAUUUGUUUUCCCCUUGUUUCCAUGAAUGUGGGUGCAUAUUAAUUUUCAUAAUUAUAGUUAUUUAGAAUUAUUCAGCUAAAUAAUGCAAACUGAUAUUGCAUAGCCUCUCAUACCUUGCGUAUUUGUUUAAAUAUAUAUUUUGUUAUUUGUCCAUACCAAGUUUGUUUGUUAAAGUUGCGAUGUAACGAAAGUAGCAUAAGAUCUUUUCUUCUGUAUUGUGAAUGAAUGGUUUGUUUUUGUGUGUGCUUAUAAGUAUCAUUUGGAUGUAUGAAUGGAAAGUGUGUAUGGCUUAUGAAGAACAGCAAAGCUUAAAUGCUUCAUACCAGCCUGACACGGUUUAAAUGGUUACUCGUAUGUAAGACCAUAAAUGCACAUCACACAGAGCAUUUAAACAGAGAGAAUUGCUGAACGCCCGUUUCUCAGCGCACAGGCCAAAAGGUCUUCGUCUGGCACAGACUCUCUCAGAUGUACGUUUGCUCAUCCUCUGUUCUGCCAGCCUGCCUAGAAUGUGGUGUGCAUAUACGCUGUUUUUACACUGUCAAGUACAUUUUCUCUUUGUGUGCUUGCUGCAAUGUACAUGUAUCCAUAUAUGUUUAUGGUAGAGAUCAUAAUCGUUUUACAGCAUGAAUGCUUGUGUUUUCAAACAUGUUUCACAAGAGAGAACGUCUGAGUGAGACAGUUGGAGAGAGUAUCAAGAAGGGACAGAGAGAGAGAACGAAAGAAGGAAUGAAAAAGAAUGAAAAAGAGGGGGAGGGAGUGAGGGAAAAGAGCACCGUGUAUGUGUGUAUGCUUGCUUGCGCCAGAGAGAGAGAGACAGACAGAAAAAGAGAGAGGGGAGUGGGGGAGGGGAAGGCAGAGAGAGAAAUAGAGUGAGAGAGGAAAAAGAGAGCACACAUACACAGAGAACAGAGAGAGAGUGCAAGAAACACAGAGGAGAGAGUGUCUGUUCUGGUACAGACAACAUAUAAUGUAUGAAGGGGAGGGCAGCGGGUGAAUUCGAACCUGUGACUCUGCCUCAGGAUGAGAUCUCUCAAACACCUGAAGCCACAGACCAAGAAAAAUGUGGAGGAGAAGACACAGCGGCUGGUCAGAUGUUACUCUGAGGCCAUGCACCAGCAGAUGGACGCAGGGACACAGACAGACCCUGUGGUGGUCCUGUCACUGGCCCAAGCUGCUGUGUUGGGACUCAUCUCCCAGAACGAGGUCUUUGGCGCCACCAUCGCUCCCAACGGCUUUUACACCGGAGACCCCAAAGAGUCCCCCGCUCCACCAGGUGAGAGAAUGGACUACGAGUACGCUGACCAGCUCAUAGGCGCCAACGGCGACUACCUUGGGGAGAAUUUGGGCGAGGAUGGGCACAUGCACUCCAGCUGUGCUGAGAGAAGGUGGCAGGGGCAACCCGAGAACAGCAAACCCCCUGUAGGGCACCAAGACAUGGCACUGCAUGUUAAAGGAGAGGCCGUGACCCCAGGUUUGCCCUCCUGCACUCACAUGAUGAACAACAUGGUGUCCAGAGAAGGCAUGCAGAUGGUUGAUCCAUCUAGCUACAGGGUCUUGCCCAAAGCCCAACCCAACAACUGCUGCUCCACCUGUGUCCGAGACCCCAAAACUACGCAUCCUCCACCCGAUCCACAUCUACAUCCUCAUUCCCAUGGCCACAGUCACGCACCUCAUGAGGUACCCCCACGCAAUCGGGGCCACACGCAUGAAAAAGGAGUAGAUGAGGUAACUGAGGACAGGGACAAUGGGAGAAAUGGCAUGGGGAAAGCAGGAACUGGCAGCGAGGAAAUUAGCAGCUACUUUCAGCCAAGCGAGGUCGGCUAUGAAGGUGGCGAGAUGGAAGGAGUUGGAGAUUUCGAUGAGAACAGCGAGGGGAUGUUCUGGACAGAGCCGGUGGAAGGAGAGGCACCCCGUGGCCGACGAAUCGACCGACUGGACAUCAACAUCCAGAUCAACGAGUCGUACUGCGUGGAUGUCGGCGAGGGCCUAAAGCGCUGGAAGUGCCGCAUGUGUGAGAAGUCGUACACCUCCAAGUACAAUCUGGUCACGCACAUCCUGGGCCACAAUGGCAUCAAGCCACACGCGUGUCCUCACUGCGGCAAACUCUUCAAGCAGCCCAGCCACCUACAGACGCACCUGCUGACGCAUCAGGGCACGCGGCCACACAAGUGCACCGUGUGCAAGAAGGGCUUCACCCAGACCAGCCACCUGAAGCGGCACAUGCUGCAGCACACCGACGUUAAGCCCUACAGUUGCCGUUUUUGUCGCCGUGGUUUUGCAUACCCCAGUGAACUCCGUGCUCACGAAGUAAAGCAUGAACGAGGUCGCUGCCACGUUUGCUCACAGUGCGGCAUGGAGUUUCCAACCUAUGCCCACUUGAAGCGUCAUCAGGUCAGCCACCAAGGACCUUCCACCUUCCAGUGUAGCCAGUGCAACAAGUCGUUCGCCUACCGCAGCCAGCUGCAGAAUCACCUGCUGAAGCACCAAACGCAGCGCUCCUUUUCCUGCAGUCAGUGUGGCCUGCAGUUUCUUCAGCUGCAUCAGCUACGCCAACACUCCCUCACACACAAGACAAACAAGCCUCAGGCCCGUGCUACCAAGGGAACAAAAGGGUUUAAGUGUGACGUAUGUGCCCGAGAGUUUACAUUGUCUGCAAACUUAAAGAGGCACAUGUUAAUCCACGCCAGUGUCCGGCCGUUCCAGUGUCACGUGUGCUUCAAAUCUUUUGUCCAGAAACAGACCCUCAAAACUCACAUGAUCGUACACCUGCCUGUGAAACCCUUUAAGUGCAAGGUGUGUGGAAAAUCAUUUAACCGAAUGUACAACCUCCUGGGCCACAUGCACCUGCAUGCAGGAAGUAAACCCUUCAAGUGUGCAUACUGCUCGAGUAAAUUUAACCUGAAGGGAAAUCUUAGCAGACACAUGAAGGUCAAACAUGGAAUGGACGUCUCUCCAGAUGGACAAGAUGGCCCACCAGACAUGGAGCCCCAUGAGGACUAUGAGGAUGAGAACUUCAAUUUUACAGCACCGGAGAAUAUGGAAAAUAAUGAUGCGCCAAAUCUAACCAAGCUCUCUGAGGUGGCCAUCCAGGAACUUGACUAUUAUAACUUCGGGAAGGAUGUGGGAAACUACAGUACAGCAUAAAAACAGUUUGAAUUAAAGUCAAGCUGAAUAAAUGUUAAAAUAACAAAUGGCCUGUGCUGGCACUCAUCAACCAUGAGCUGAUUGAGAUGUUCCUCCAUGAGAACCACUGCUUACUUUUUUGAAGUUAUUCAUGAGCAGUAGUUGGAGGCCAUCUUGACCUCCUGGGGUUGAUCUCAUGGGGUAGCCACUCCGGUCCAGUCUUUAAUGAAACGGACCGAUAGUUUUGUGAAGAGUCCUUUGACUCCUUCCAGCGCGAACAAACAUCGACGCUGUAUUUUUAGUAUGUUGCGGAUCACAUGGUUACAUUAAUACCCGAUACAUUAGCAUCAUAUAAUGCAGGAGCAUACACAUGCACACUAUCCUCCAAAUCUAAUUUUGGUUGGGAAUAUGGGAAUAGCAGGUGCAUGCAGCCUUGUGGCCUUCAUCGGUUUGGUACCUCAGAGCGGUCUGUUAACUUAUUUUCAUUUAUAUUGCCUUUACUUACAGUAACUCUUAGAAACACACAGAGACUCCUAGUGUAAAACAAAACAAACAAAAAAAAACAUGCAAGGCCCAUGUAAAUGGUUGGAUAUCUGCAUGAGAUAGUCUUGUGUGGGUAAAAAAAAAAAAAUAAAUAAAUAAAUAAAUAAAUAAAUAAAGAAAGAAAGAAAGAAAGAAAGAAAGAAAGAAAGAAAGAAAGAAAGAAAGAAAGAAAGAAAGAAAGAAAGAGUGAGCGUGUACCUGGGCCCCGUGUACCAAAGUUACUGUUCUUCGUCUGGUACAGGACCAUACGCUGCCCAUUCCUGAGCACCACUACUGUUGCCAGAACUAAACUUCAUCUAAAGUUUGGUUUAGCAACCUGUGAGUGGAGAAUUACUGUUCUGUUGUAUUGAUUUGCUAUUUAUUUUGCACUUUGAAAAAGCCAACUAAUUACUUAUGAUGAGCCUCUUUCAUCACUGACUGUUUGAGUUCUGGUAUAAUUAAAAGAGAGAAAGCCUGUGUCACAUUCAUAGUAAGCUGUUUCUCAAGGUAACUCUGUAGAUUCUUAAAUAAACUUGUUUUUUUGAAGUUA